AUGCGCCAGAGCUUUCGCAAACUCUACCACCAUGAUCAGCCAAUCAGUUCUGUGACCUGUCCACGGCCUCCACUCUACAUUGGCCAACAAAACGGUGCUAGUUGCAGGGUUGAUCAGCGAUUUAAUACGGGAGGCUAUGCUUCCGAGUUGUACCACAUAAAAUUAUUGACCGGUUCACCUGGAAGCCUCGGAGCUAAGUCCUGGUGUUCUGAGGUGGCUCUAGUGAAAACUUAUGCGACUGGACUUGCUGUGGUUAACGAGUUCGAAGGCGUAACUUUGCAGGCUUGGCCAUUUGAUCGUGGGUUGGGCAGAAAAGAUCUUCGAACUAGCUCCGAUGAUCCUUCCGCUGCGGGAAAGAACAGACCAUCUCACACUUCACUUCAGUUUCACUAUUUCUUGCGGUUAUGUACGGCCUGGUCUUCCAUGUGUGGAACCAGUCUUGGGGUUCAUCGAUUCCGCGUGAAGCCGUCUCCAUUUCCAAAGGAGCGGGCUUAA